AUGCGUCGUAGUGGUGGAAAAAGAGGUCCAUCAAAUUCUGGAGCAUCUUGCCGUAAUAAAAGUGGAAUAGCACGUGGGAAUACACAACAGAGUACACCAAGUUCCAAUGAAUCAGACAAUAACCCGUCUCAAUCACCAAGGGUACAAACACUUCAAACUUCAAAGAUAAAUGAUUUAAACCAAAAAAUUAUAAGCGAAAAAGGUACAGAUUUAAAUAUUGACCCCACUAUUAAAUCAGAAAUUGAAGACCCUUCUUUGUACAUUGGAUCCUUCCAGGGGCCUUCAUAUUGCCAUUUACCAAUCCCAAAUACUCACAAUCGCAAGUCUAUAGCUCAACGUAAAAUUUCCAAACUAGAAUCAUAUCUUAACCUCUGUGAAAUGUUUUAUUUUGGUAAUAUCAGCGAUAAAUCACCUUCAGAUCUCGUUCAAUCACUACUUAUUGCUCACAAUAUGGAUAGUAGUACUCCCCCAAAUUAUUCCUCCGAAGAUUUUCCUAUUGCAAAUAGCUCAUCUAAAGGACAUGGAAAACAAUUAUGUAAAAAUCCUAGCUCUAAUAAUAGCAAUUUGAGUAAUAUUAAUCAAACUAAUGCAGAGAAUAUUAUAACACCUAUGGAUCUACUGACUCAUCCUUUACGUGCUAAAUGUACUAUUGACUUAUGGGGUCCAAAAGAGGUGGCCCUUUUUGAAUGUGGAGUAUGUAAAUAUGGUAAAGAAUUUGACAAAAUUCAGAGAAUUAUAAAAACUAAGACUACUAAAGAAAUUGUUGAUUUCUAUUACCAAGUAUGGAAAAGGACUUCUCGUUAUAAAGCAUGGAAAGAGAAUAGGCAGCUAUCUAAUUAUAUUAUGUCAUAA